GCAGUGUUCUGGGGGAUGUUCUCAGACAGAGCCGAUCGUGUUUCAGUUCUAUUCUGAGCGUCGCGAUUGCGCGGCGUAUGUUGUGCGAACGAUGCGACCCUGACCGUGGCAGUGAUCUCGCGAUAACUCGCGACAACGAACAACGCCACAAGAGUAGCAGAGCAGUAUUUCAGGAUGAUGUCAAUGAGCUGCAGUGUGUUGACGUUGGCUCUCGUUUUCGGUGUUGUUAAAGGCUUCGAUUUCCCGAACGUGGAACGAAUCUCGGAGAAGAAAUGUUCAGAAUACCGUAAGCUGACGGUGAAAACUUCGACUCUCAUCACGCUAUCCCUUCGGCCGACGUCCAUAGUGUACGAGGAUUACAAAUGUCCAAAUGUGGUGGAUUUAAUCGUUGGCGGUGAAGCUGCCAGAAGAGGGGAAUUCCCCCAUCAGGCUCUCCUGGGUUAUCCCGGGGAGGAUGAUCCUCGCAGCAUUGAGUUCAAAUGCGGUGGUUCCCUGAUUAGCGAACGGUACGUGCUAACCGCAGCUCACUGUUCGUCCGGUGCCAAACCGACCGUUGUUCGGCUGGGUGAAAGUGAUUUGAGCGAUGAUGAUGACGACCAGGUUGAUUUCGAUAUUGAAGACUUCAUCCGACAUCCGGAGUAUUCACCUCGGCGUGCGUACCACGAUAUCGCGCUGGUGAAAAUGGUGCAGGAUGUGUUUUUCACCAAACUAAUCAGACCGGCUUGUCUAUGGGAAGGACACGACCUAAAUAUAACCACUGCCUAUGCGACCGGGUAUGGAAGGACAGAAUUCGCGGGUGCGACGUCCGACAUUCUGAGAAAAGUUCAACUGGAUAUUCUGGACAAGUCCGAGUGCAAUUCCUUCGCUACUAGCAGAAAGUUCAACCGAGGUGUUAUUGACGAACAGAUAUGUGUUGGUAGCCGCGAAGGAGGUAAAGAUACGUGCCAAGGUGACUCGGGAGGACCGCUUGAAACGGUGACCGAUCAUAAAGGCUGCAUGUUUCACAUUCUGGGAAUAACGUCCACGGGCGCGGCAUGCGGUUAUGGGAAAUCCCCGUCCAUCUACACUCGCGUUGCGAGUUAUAUCGACUGGAUUGAGUCAGUUGUUUGGAGUUCGAGUUAAGUGUGCAAAAUACAUGAUCUAUUUAUUAACGAAAUUCCUAACUCUGUUAGGUUGCCAGGAUCGUUUACAGAUGAAAAGAACGCAAAAUGUGUCUUUUUUGCUUAUCUCGAGAUAUUUCAUCUCAAUGCCAGAUAUGCAAAUUACUUUGACUCAAGCGUUUGCGUCACAUUUUAUUCUUAGCCAGCAUACCAUAACGUGGGAAUUCAUACGAUGUGAUAAUUAUUAAGCAAAUGUUUCGUGCAAAAUUUGUCACAUUGGAACUUCACUACAAGAAAGUGCGAAUGAGAUUUCUGAAUUAGUCGCGUGAAUGUACGAUAUGACUUAAUAUUCCAAACCAAACUUUCACACAAAAUCAAUAAAUAGCAAAAAUAGAACCUUAAAACACUACAAUAAUCAUUCAGCAAAUGAAAGGAAAAAUGAUCAACUGUAAACAUUAGAUCAACACUUAGCUAAAGAAAAUAUUCAAACAAAUGGUAAAACAAAAACAUUUGAAAAUUAUUAUUGUGUUGCUGCCCAGCAUCUAUGGUAUGAUUCAAAUACGUACAUAAAUUAUAGACUGAGAUGUAUUUUAGGCUGACAAAAUCAGGACAUUUCUUCAUUCUUUUAACCCUCAAAAAGGCAAGCUAAAAUUGUGACUUCAAGAAGCAUCGCUCCUAAGACCCAAUGAAAUCAAAAGCCUCUUUUUUGUCGCUUUAUCAGUGAGAGAAUCGAAAGCCCGAAAGCGCUCGAUCAUUUCUGUUUCAAUUUACAAGUUCAUUGAAACUAGAGAACUGUUACUAGCCGUGCCUCUGAGACCCCUUUCCUUUUUGAGGGUUAAAUAAUCCCAAACUGUUAAAAUGUUUCUCAUUAUGCCCUAGACAUAUCUUCAAUACUCUUUCAUAUUAUUUAGCAGAAACUACCGUUAAGGGUUCCAGUGUAAAAUUAAAAUACUCAUAAAAGGAGUUGCUUGAAUUUGGCUUGAUUCAUCUGCUAGACGGAUUUUCAUGUGAGGUUGAGAAAUUGGACAAAAAAGUUGACAAAAUCGGUGUCUGGUGAAAUCAGAUCUUCACUAUAGCUGAAAUAGUAAUACAACUCAAACUAAUGUUAAGAAUAAUGCAAACGAACUUCAUACUUCAAGAUCAAUAAAACAUUCUUUACCGAUUAUGACCGAUAGUUUCCCGAUU